AUAUAUGCCAAGAAUCAGACCCACACCGACACUGACGUCACUGCUGGCGAAUUCCAUCACAAGAAUGAUAUCCGCCCCAUGCCGGUGCUGCUGGAAAUAUUAUAGCCAGUGCUAUCGCGGCCGUGAGUCUCUGGGAUGUCGCAUUCUGAGGGUUCCUCCAGCAAUAAAUAAAACUACACAGACACAACGAUGUCACUCAAUCGCCGCCUCCGACCCUCCCGUAUCCCGAGCGAACCCCAGCGAGUGAUUGAACGACUCUGGCGUCAGGGUUUCCCGCUUUUCAACAACCAUGUCCAAAGUCUCUGCUCAUAAUCACUGCCAACGCCGAUACA